AUGAGCGAGCUGGUCGAGCUGGUAAAUGGGGCUGUUCGUGGAAUGAACAAUAUCCAGUCAUGCUUCUAUAAAUUUGCAUCACAAUUCGUUGGACAGCAGCUGAUAGUUGCAGUUUAUCAAAUGCUUACACUAAUGAACAAAAGGCAACAUUUAUUGAUCGUAGUGAAUUAUGCUGAAUCGGUUGAUUUUUUACCAGUUAUUGGCCAGAUUCUUUUGGACGACUUCAGGAUGAUGAAAUUUGAAAACUAUGAGCAUCCUCACGAAAAUAUUAAGUCAUCGGAUGCAGAAAUGUUGAAACAAGCAUUUACUUACACACAAGCAUGUGGAUUUCCCAGUGUUUUGCAACUCGUCGACAGAUGUAACAAGGCUGGUGUUGUUGAGAAUUGGUGCAUGGUUUGGUUAAAUGCGAUGCUAAAGUUGUCGACAAGUGAUGAAAUGUUGUAUGCUAGUGAAUUGUCUUGCUGCUGGUAUUAUGUCACCGAUUGUGUAGAGCCAAAAGCAUUAGUGUCUGCGCGAUUCCUUGUUUACUGUUUGCAACUUGCUGUGCAUGCACUGGAGGCAGCAGAAAGAACGACAAACACGAAUUGUAAGAGGCGAUUGCGCAGAAAGGAAAAGAAGUGUGAUGAUCAUGACGAUGCCGAAACCGACCAGGCAAAUCCUGUUAAGCGUUCUGUUUUAGUGAUUUUUGAAAAAUUUGUUCGGGAGACUAGAGUUGUACGUUUGAAGAGUCAUAUAUAUCACUUUGUAGUAUCGCUUGCUACUGCACUACAGAAUGCAGCCACUCGAAGAAUAAUUGAACUUCUACCGCAUGAUCUGAAAUUUGCUCGUCUUGAUCCGCAGACUUUCAAUUUGGAUCGUUGUGUGAUGUUACCAGUACAAAGAGAGCACUCGAAUUUACAUGUCUUUUAA